AUGAAGUUCGAGUCACUUCCUCUCGCCGCCACUCUUCUGGCUGGGGCUGCUUCGGCCUUCCAAAUCGGCGGCAAGCCAAUGCCGCAGCCCAAGACGACAAUGGCCGACAACUUUCCCUGGCGUGACCCCUUCACCUCCAAGACGACCGACUCUUACAGUCACACCUGCGAGGCGUCCAAGACCUUUGCCGCGACGCAGUACACUCUGCAUGAUCUCUUCGAGAAGCCGCCUACCGGCCUGUUCCACUGGGGCGACGGCCUCAAGACCUUCUUCUCUGGCCGUGAGUACCCGGGCGGUUGGGCUGGCCUCGACCGUCACAUGUACGACCGAAACUUGCUAAAGAUGGAGUAUGCCGACCUGCCGCUCCGCGUUCGCGAGUGGAUUGAGGAACAGGAGCGUGUUGAGGACAGCAAGGGCAAGGGCCUCUUUGCCAUCUUCGACAAGCCCACCACUGCAGAGGAGAAGAUCACGGACCUUGUUGUUGUGCCCAAGGCCCCCAAGGACGUCAACCGUGACCUUGACCAGAAGAGGGUCGCCAUCUUUGCGCCCGGCGCUCUAUAUCACAUUCUCCCUCUCUUCGUCGCCGAGGGCAGCGAUUGCCAAGCGACGCUCACCAACCUGGAGAACUACAGCCCCACCGCCAAAGACGCAGCUGUGGUGGCGUGGCCCAUCAGCCACACCCGGCCCAACAUUGAGGAGAAGAAGAGGGACAUUGAGUUCACCAUCAAGGCUCAGGUUCUCAAGAUCAAGGAGAGCGCGAAAGAGGCCCAGAAAGAGGCUGUGGAAGAACCACCCAAGGCGGCCGAAGACGCAAAGAAGGCUGCGCCAUCGGAACAGGCCAAGGAUGAAUUGUAG